UAGCACGAUUGCAUCUACAGUAGGCCAAACGUCAACAAAAAUUUUGACAGACAAUGACCAAUUGUUUUUUGUUUUUAGGGCUUUAAUUAACAGGCCACCGUUGCGGUAAGCAAAUAACAAGGAAUUCAAGAUGCCCAGCUCGCCAGGAUUACAGCCGGGGGAGCAGUAUUCCUCUCUAACGGGCCUCAUCUACGUCUUCAACCUGAUCGUGGGGACGGGCUGCCUCACCCUCCCCGCCGCCUUCGCCGCCACGGGAUGGGCGCUGUCCACAGGGGGCAUCGUGUUGCUCGCCGUCGUCAG